AAAAAAAAGAAAAAAAAGAAAAGAAAAAAAAGAAAAGUAAUUUUGAGAACUAUGGUGAUACGUUUUUUCUCUACUUUUAAUGCAGUACCAAAAAUGGAUACGUGGCGGACAGCCCUUAGAUAUUUCCCAUUCUCACUGUGCAUUGUACUCUGUAUCAAUAUAUCUAUAGUUUUCUCUCUCAUAAGUUUGGACUACGGAAUCAAACAAUUUGCUUACUGAGUAACGCAUCAUCUUGCUGUUUUUGAUUGUCGCCGUCGUCUCAUCACGGAUUCAUUGAGGUGCCUCCUCUUUCUCUGUUCUCUCUCUAUAUUAUUACUAUUUUGUUGAUUCCAUCCAGAUAAGGAGUCACAGAAAUUGGGCAAUUUAAAGUGAAAUUCAUAGGUUUUAUUUUCCUUUCCAUUCAUUCGGAUCUCUUCCGUUUCAUCGUGUCUCGUGUCAAGGUCAUCAACAAAACGACGGCCCAGUAUAAUUUCUGAACUGCGUCAAGAGUUAGUGAUAUUUUAAUUCUACCCUAAGAUUUUCAAUUUUUGAGUUAAAUUGUGGAUCGAGCGUAUCCAUUUUUAUUAUAUGUAGUGUAUUUAUUUUCUUGUAUAGAAUUUUCUUUAUUUUGGAAUUUUGUUGAUUCAAUUGGGCUAUUUUGUUGAUUCCCAUCCAGAUAAGGAGUCUCAGAAAUUGGGCUAUUUAAAGUGAAAGGUAGAAGGAAUUCAUUCGUUAUAUUUUCCUUUCCAUUCAUUCGGAUCUCUUCCGUUUCAUCGUGUCAGGGUCCUGGGAGGAGAAGAUAUUGGAGUUGCAAAGGUUAUUUCGACGGCGUCUCUCUCAUUUGCUCUUUCUUGAUUGUGCAAUGUCGCGAAUUUCAGUUCUUUCGGCUAUUGCGUAUUCAUAUUCAUAUGCUUCUACUAGUCGAUUUCUUAUUUACAAUUUCUCCAGAAUCGUAACUUCACCAACAUCUACAUAUCAAUUUCCAAGUUUUGCAAUCUUUCAAUUUUCAUUUAAUCACCAUCACCAUCACCAUCCAACACCAUUAUCACCUAGAUUUGGUCCUCGUCUUUGGAAAAUCAAUUUGCCUUUUGGUUUUCGUUCUUGUUCAAAUUUAGCUGUUAAUUCCUUACUUUCCUCGCCUCCUUUGGAAGCUGAGGCAUUAGAUACAGAUGAUGGCAAUAAGCUCUACGAAACUAUUAUAGAUCACUCCAGUCCUGAGCAUAAUAUGGAGGGAGCACUUGACCAAGUUGGCAUAAAACUGACCACUGCAUUGGUCAUGGAAGUCCUCGGGAGGCUUCGUUUCCAGGAGAAAUUAGCCUUUAGAUUCUUUACUUGGGUGGGACAUCAGGAAUGUUUUUCUAUUGAAUCUCGGGUGUUUAAUGAGAUAAUUGACAUACUAUCUAGUACGAAAUACAAGGUUAAGCAAUUUCGGAUUGUUUGUGACCUUCUUGAUUACAUGAAGAGAAGAAAAAAAAAUUCUGUUCCUGUCGAAGUUCUGUUAACCAUUUUGAGACAAUACACCGAAAAGCAUCUGACCCAUCUUCAGAAAUUCGCCAAGAAGAAAAAAAUAAGGGUGAAGACGCAGCCGGAGAUCAAUGCCUUUAACUUGCUCUUGGAUGCUUUGUGCAAGUGCAGUCUUGUUGAGGAUGCGGAAGCGAUGUUUAAGAGGAUUAAAAAUAAGGUCAAACCGGAUGCUAACACGUACAAUAUUUUGUUUUUUGGGUGGUGUAGGGUCAGAAACCCAGCCAGAGGGAUGAUGAUACUUGAAGAUAUGAUCAAAAUGGGUCAUACAACCGACAAUUUCACUUACAAUACUGCCAUUGAUACCUUCUGCAAAGCUGGGAUGGUGACUGAGGCUGCUGAACUGUUGGAGUUCAUGAGAAAGAAAGGCUCAACCUUUUCUUCUCCCACUUCAAAAACAUAUGCAAUCAUGAUAGUGGCAUUUGCCCAAAGCAACAAAAUGGAAGAAUGCUUUAAACUUCUAGGGGACAUGAUAGACAGUGGAUGUCUCCCUGAUGUUUCAACGUACAAGGAUUUGAUUGAAGGCUUGUAUUUGGCCAGGGAUGUUGAUGCAGCUUACAAAUUCUUGGAAGAGAUGGGAAACAAAGGUUACCCUCCCGAUAUAGUUACUUACAACUGUUUUCUCAAGGUUCUUUGUGACAAUAGAAACAGUGAUGAAGCGCUUAGGCUUUAUGGAAGAAUGAUUGAGGUGGGUUGUGUGCCCAGCGUGCAUACUUUUAAUAUGCUAAUUACAAUGUUUUUUGAGAUGAGUGAUCCAGAUGGGGCCUUUGAGACAUGGAAUGAGAUGGAUAAGAGGCGCUGUGCACGGGAUACAAAUAGUUAUUGUGUGAUGAUUGAAGGACUUUUUGGUUCCAAUAAUACAAAGGAUGCCUGUUUUCUUUUGGAAGAAGUUGUAAAUAGGGGAAUGAAAUUGCCAUAUCGAAAUUUUGACUCCUUCCUAAUGCAGCUUUCUGCGAUUGGUAAUCUCCAAGCCAUCCAUAGGCUAUCCGAGCAUAUGAGGAAAUUCUACAAUCCUGCUAUGGCACGUCGUUUUGCAGUGAGUCAGAAGCGGAAGAGCACGAGCUUAAGAGGAAAGUAGUAGAUGCAAAAGUAAUAAUUUUUGUUAUAUGUUCUGAAAUGUUGAAUGACAAGUGUCUCUAGCUCCCUGCUACACUAUUUCUAGCUGUUUGAGAAAUCUGAAUGGGAACAAGAAAUGAGGCCUUAUUACCACAACUCUAGACCAAUGCCUUGGUUGCAAAUGAUGCGUGAUCUCUUGAACUUAUAUGGUAUUUCCUCAUGACUAGGAGGUGGAAUGUCAUCAUAGAAGGAAGACCAAUGCAUGUUUUCUUGAUUUUAUGGCAGCACCUUCAAAAAGCUGCUACCUCUGUUUUGGUGCACUUGAAUUUCUUUCAUGUGUUUGGCCAGGUUUUAUGAAGGUGUUAUUGAUUCUGUUAAAAAGAAACAUAAGGUUUUAUAUAUUGACGGUGAUGAAGAAAUAGUAAUUCUUAAAGAGGAACGGUGGGAGUUUAUUGGUGGUGAUUCUGACUUUGUGGAAGAUGGGAUAGGAACAAGGAACUAAACUUCCAAGUCCUCUGCUGCUUCCUCCGAUGACAAAAAAGUUGUUUCUUCUCCGAGGUCUACAAGAAAGUUUGCUAAAGCUGAACGCCACUUUGAGGAAACCCCUAAGACGAAUUCAAAGAGAAAGCGUACUCCACGAAUUUACAAAGCAUCUGAGACACUAGAAUUUGGUGAGAACCUGGUUGGUUCAAAGGUUAAAGUUUGGUGGCAGGGAGACCAAAUGUUUUAUGAAGGUGUUAUUGUUUCUUUUGAUUCUGUUAAAAAGAAACAUAAGGUUUGAUAUAUUGACGGUGAUGAAGAAAUAGUAAUCUUACAGAGGAACGGUGGCAGUUUAUCGGUGGUGAUUCUGACUCUGUGGAAGAUGGGGAACAAGGAACAGAACUUCUGAAUCCUGCUUCCUCUGAUGACAAAAAAACUGUUUCUUCUCCGAGGUCUAAAAAAAGUUUGCUAAAGCUGAAGCCCACUUUGAGGAAAUCCCCAAGACAACGAAUUCAAAGAGAAAGCGUACUCUACGAAUUUACAAAGCAUCUGAUACACAAAAAAUUGGUGAGAACCUGGUUGGCUCAAAGAUUAAAGUUUGGCGGCCGGAAGACCAAAUGAUGGAGUUUACACAAGAUCAGAUAAGAGGAAGGGGUAAAGAUAAACGGAUGUGGACAGAUGAAGAAGAUAUGAAGCUUAUUGAGGCUGUCGUUGACUUAAACAAUGCUCUUGUUGACUUACACAACACAGGCCUCUAAAACAUCGAGUGUGGAUUCAAACCACACCAUAUUGCAGCUGUGGAGAAACUACUUGCAGUUACUUUACCAAAUUCGGGUUUAAAGGCAGAACCACAUAUUAAAUCAAGAAUGAAGACGUUGAAAACCCAUUUUGAUGCUGUGCAUGAUAUGCUACAUGGGCCUAACACUAGUGGGUUUGGUUACGAUGAUCUGAAGCAUUGUGUGGUUGCUGAGAAAUCUGUGUGGGAUACCUACUUGCAGAGUCACAAGAAUGCUGCAAAAUUUAAGGACAAACCAUUUCCGUAUUACAAGGAGCUAUGCACCAUAUUUGGAAAGGACCAUGCUACUGGGAAUGAUUUUGAAACGGCUGCUGAUGUUGUGGGAAAAUUGGAUAAAGAACACGUGGACAAGGAAAAAGAGAGUGAAAAUGACGAUAUUGGAGACGAUUUAGAUGAUAUUGAUGCAUCAAUGUCAUUUCUUCAAUCUCGCACAGUCGGGAAAACUGUUGAAGUGAGUUCUAAAAAUAAAAGAAAAAAGAAAACUCCAAGUGUCGCAUAAUCUUUAUGUGAAGCGGUGAAACAGUCUUCAAGUUUGAUUGGUUCAGCUAUAAAAUCAAGUGCUGAACGCCUUAGUCGAGCCAUUGAAGAUGCUUCAACUACUGAGUUGAAAAUUAGACUAAAUGAAGAAUUGAAGAAGUUAUCAAGGUUAAAACAUAACUGAUCGAUUGAAAGCUUUGGUUCAAAUUGGUUGUGAUCGUGACUUGAUCCAAAUUUUGUUCGCACUUGAUGAGGAUGACAAGAAGAAUUGAUCAAGAUAUUCAUUUCGUAAAGUUUUUAAGGAGUUGGCACUUUUUCUUAUAAUUACAGAGCCGGAUAUAUAUAUAUAUAUAUAUAUAUGCUGUUUGAAACAGGCUUUUUCUGUCACUGUAUUGCUGCUGGUUUUUAGUUUUCUCAGUAUGUCGUUGUAACACAUAUAUGCCAAUGCGUGACAUUUUUAAUAUAAGUGGCAGUUUGGUUGCUAAUUGUUUUGGUCCGUCAGGGCUGUGUAGAAUGUGUUAACAUGGUUUUUGAAUUGAAGUCUAGGUUGUUUGUAACUCAA